AUGCCGAACCCUUCCCUUACGCGUAUUGCCCAACUCGCUGCCACCAUCACGGCCGAGGUCGCCAGGAUUGACGGCAUUCUCGCCGCCCAUGGUCUCCCCUCGCCGUCGCUCGACGAAGAUGCGCCGCCCGCUCUGCCAGACGAGGCCGCAGAUGCCCAGGACGCCGUGCUCGAUGCUGCCGCCGAGCUCAAUGACCUGCUCCGGGAGCCCCUAAGCGCCAUCUACGAACAUGGCGGACACAACAACAACGUCUGCCUCCAGACCAUCGCGCGCUUCCACAUCAGCGCCAUGGUGCCGGCGGGCGGGCGCGUGUCAUAUGCGGACCUGGCCGCGCGCACGGCACUGCCCGAGCAGGUGCUCCGCCGGCUGCUGCGUCACGCCAUGACCAUGCACGUCUUCCGCGAGCCCGAGCCCGGGAUGGUCGCCCACACGCGCGCGUCCAAGGCCCUGGCCGACCCGGCCAUGAACGCCUGGCUGCGCAUUGGCACCGAGGAAAUGUGGCCUGCAGCCGUCAGGAUGCUCGACGCGCUGCAGAAGUGGCCCGGCUCGUCAGAGCCCAAUGAGACGGGCUUCUCCCUCGGCCACAACACGUCCGAGUCCAUCUACGGUGUCAUCGGUGGCGGCGGGCCCGAGCUGGCCGUACGGUUCGCGACAGCCAUGGCCGUGUACGCGUCACGGCCCGAGUACUCGCCGGCGUUCAUCGUCGACCACUACGACUGGGCCGCGCUGGGGCCGGACACGCGCGUCGUCGACGUCGGCGGCGCGCAGGGCCACGUCGCCAUGGCGCUCGCGCACGGCCACGCCAACCUCGCCAGCGUGCUCGUGCAGGACAUGGCCGUCGUCGUGGCCGGCGCCGACGCCGGCGUGCCUGCUGCUCUCAAGUCCAGGAUCGCCUUCAUGCCCCACGACCUGCUCGCGCCCCAGACCGUCGUGGCCGACGUGUACUACUUCCGCUGGAUCCUGCACAACUGGUCCGACAAGCACUGCGUGCUCAUCCUCCGCGCCCAGAUCCCCGUGCUCAAGCCCGGGGCGAGGAUUAUUAUCCAGGAGACGUGCAUGCCCGAGCCCGGUGCCGUGCCGCGAUGGAAGGAGAAGGCGCUGAGAAUGAACGACAUCAACAUGGGUGCCGUCUUUAACGCGCGCGAGAGGACCGUGGGCGAAUGGCGCGACUUGCUUGCUGAGGCUGACCCGCGCUUUGUUCUAAAGGCCGUCACGGAGCCCAAGGGUUCGGCCUUGGGCAUUCUCGAGGUGGUGUGGAGUGCGACAGACUAG